AUGGAAGAGACGGAGGCCUGGAGGCCAGAAAGGCUGCAGUGGAGUCCCCCAGACUUGGCCCUUCUUGGUGGGAGAAGCCUCAUAGGAGAGCUGAAGGCCAGCUCCAAGUCCUUCUUGGGCCACCAGGCCCACUCGCGCAACCCCUUCCCCAGUGUCCCUGCUGGACCGGAGUACGCCUUCUGCUGGGUCCCUCAGAGAGGUGCCCGGGACGGAGUCCAUGGGUACAAAGGAGUCAAGUUCCAAAACUGGGCGAGGACCUACGGCUGUUGCCCAGAAAUGUACUACCAGCCCACGUCCGUGGAGGAGGUCAGAGAGGUGCUGGCCCUGGCCAGGCAGCAGAACAAGCGGGUGAAGGUGGUGGGAGGUGGCCACUCACCCUCGGACAUCGCCUGCACCGAUGGCUUCAUGAUCCACAUGGGCAAGAUGAACCGGGUUCUGCAGGUGGACACAGAGAAGAAGCAGGUGACUGUGGAGGCCGGCAUUCUCCUGUCUGACCUGCACCCACAGCUGGGCAAGCAUGGCCUGGCCUUGUCCAAAGGGGAGCCUUGCUGCAUCCCCACAGCAAACAGGCAAGGCAGUGGUGAGUUCCCGUGGAACCUCAUGGAAUGGAUGCCCCUCCCUGCUGAGGGCCGAUGCUGCCCAGACCUAGCCUUCCUUUCCCCAGUCCCCUGUGGCCAGGUGGUGGCGCUGACCCUGCUGACGGCUGAUGGGACCAUUCUUGAAUGCUCCGAGUCCAGCAACGCGGAGGUGUUCCAGGCCGCGCGGGUGCACCUGGGCUGCCUGGGAGUCGUCCUCACCAUCACCCUGCAGUGUGUGCCUCAGUUCCACUUGCAGGAGAUCUCCUUCCCCUCAACCCUGGACGAGGUUCUCGACAACCUGGACAGCCACCUGAAGAAAUCCGAAUACUUCCGCUUCCUCUGGUUCCCGCACAGCGAGAACGUCAGCGUCAUCUACCAGGACCACACCAACAAGCCCCCCUCCUCUUCAGCCAACUGGUUUUGGGACUAUGCCAUUGGAUUCUAUUUACUGGAGUUCCUGCUCUGGAUCAGUUCCUUCCUGCCAGGCCUCGUGGGCUGGAUCAAUCGCUUCUUCUUCUGGCUCCUGUUCACGAGGAAGAGGGAAAGCAGCAACCUCAGCCACGAGAUCUUCACCUAUGAGUGCCGCUUCAAGCAGCACGUCCAGGACUGGGCCAUCCCCAGAGAGAAGACCAAGGAGGCGCUGCUGGAACUGAAGGCUGUGCUGGAGACCCACCCCAAGAUGGUGGCCCACUUUCCCGUGGAGGUGCGCUUCACCCGGGGGGAUGAUAUCCUGCUGAGCCCCUGCUUCCAGAGGGACAGCUGCUACAUGAACAUCAUCAUGUACAGGCCCUAUGGCAAGGACAUACCACGGCUGGACUACUGGCUGGCCUACGAGACCAUCAUGAAGAAGGUCGGGGGCAGGCCCCACUGGGCCAAGGCCCACAACUGUACCCGGAAGGACUUUGAGAAAAUGUAUCCAGCCUUUUCAAAGUUCUGUGCCAUCCGAGAAAAGCUGGACCCUACUGGGAUGUUCCUGAAUGCGUAUCUGGAGAAGGUGUUCUACUGA